CGUCCCUGAUGACUCCAAAGCGUCGUAGAAACUCGUCUCGACGAAGAUCAUUCAACUUCGAAGAUUACUAUCGCCAAGAAUUUCUAAAAAAUCAAUUCGCACCCUCACAAUGGUCGCCCGAGCAUCUCUGCUGCUCCUCCUGCUGGCGGUGCAUAAAAAUCUGGCCUGUGUCACCAGCAAGUACGAUGUCUGCCCGAACUUCGUUGACUGCUUUUGUAGUCCUGAUGAGAACAGCAUCACCACUCCUGGCAUUGAUGGCGCUCUAGAAUCUUGUCUGUCCUUCCUACACGAAAAUAAGCUUCUCAGGUUCAAGCAACUGAAGAUCCAAAUGGCCAAUAAAAACCUGAGUUUGACCGAAAACUCACUUAAGGAUAUUCAGUUCGACGAGGUCUUCGUUUACGAGGCAAACAUCAUUGAAUUCAAUGAGAACUUUUUGGGUGCUUCCCGAGAAACAGUCCAGAAUGUCAGUAUCCUCGGCAGCAAACUCGAAGUUUUUCCAAAGAUCAAUUCGAGUUCACUGGUGCGUUUUGUGACUACGGAGACCAGUCUUGUGGACAUCCCCGGUGACGCCUUCCAGCUCACUCCACAACUGAAGGAAAUCAAGAUAAUUAGAACUCAGCCCAAGCUGACUAUCAACUCUGGGGCGUUGGAGCCACUCACUCACCUGGAGACGUUCACCCUAUAUGGGGUCCAGGCGCUCCAUCUCGCCAAAAACGCCGCCAAAAUUUCUUCUCCAGCCUUCAAGCUCUUCGAUACCCGGAGCACUCUGAGCGCUGAAUCUGGUGCCUUCUCAGGAUUUACAAACGGAAGUGCGCUGAUCAUGGUGAGCUACGAAGGGCUGUGGAGCCGCGACAUCUUCUACGAUCUGCUUUCCGCCGGCACAACGAUCCGCACGCUCGGCGCUCAACCUUGUGACUGUGACAUCGCCUGGAUCAGGUAUAGCAGCUUCCUCCCUCAAGUGGAAGGUGUCCGUUGCAACAGUUUUUACCAACCUAUCUCACUGGCGGCGAGGGCGAAUAGCUUCCAGGAUUGCACCAUCAGAGACCUCGACCAGAGCAUGCUUCAGAACUGCUACUGAAUAACUUGCCUCGUGCAUACUCGUGUUAUUUUUUGCUUAAAACAAUCGAGUUAUUCUAAGUCCUCUUCAGUGUGAAUAUAUUUUCUUUUGAUUUGGUCAUUAGCAAUCAUUUUCUUUUGAUUUGGUCAUUAGCAAUCCCUGAAAGCCAACGUUACUGAUAGUAUAUAGAAUUAAUCGUAUGCCUUCCACCGCUGGAAAAUCUAGAACAACGGCCUUAUUGGCGACGACGACGAAGUAGCUUUUGAUAGGGAGCAUUUCAGAGACGCCGAAUGAAAAUUUCAAUUAUGAAAUUUUUUCAUAAUUGAAUACUCCAAGUGGUUGUGCUGGCAUUGGCUCGAGGCGCACUUGAACAAAUGGCGAGCAUGCAAUGCAGACGCAGGGAACCAAAACGUACGGUGUAGUUAUUUAAGUGGCAGCGUUUGGUUACCUAUCUUUAGAAUUUUUAUCUAAACAUUUCGUGUAAGAGUUACGCUUUCGUUUAAUGAUUAUGUUGGCUAUAAAGGCUUAAGCUCCAUUUUGCAUUUUCGUUUUGCUUAUUGUUAUUCCUUCUUUGUAAUUAAUAAAGUAACUGUUAACUCCU